CAUACUACUAUGGAAGGGAAAUUGCUGUCUAGAGAACCACCUGAUAUCGAGAAUCUUUUGGCUCUGAAUCCGAAAAUCGCAAACCACGCAACGCUCGUCUCAACGACGGCCACACAAAAGGCGCGAAAGCAUUGGAAACGCAACCAAGCAAAGGAGUGUUCGACAUGCGGGAGUCUGAAGAACAAUUUUGAUGACGUCAAACACACAACGAUGAGUGAGAGGGCGGCUGUUCGUGAGGCAGCCAGAUGUUUGAAGUGUGCUGAUGCUCCGUGUCAGAAGAGCUGCCCGACUCAGUUGGACAUCAAAUCGUUUAUUGGCAAUAUUGCAACAAGGAACUAUUAUGGUGCUGCAAGAGCCAUCUUCUCGGACAAUCCUCUAGGUUUGACAUGUGGGAUGGUUUGUCCCACGAGUGAUUUGUGUGUAGGCGGGUGUAACCUUUAUGCAUCAGAAGAAGGUCCGAUUAACAUUGGAGGACUUCAGCAAUUUGCAACAGAGGUGUUUAAAAACAUGAGAAUUCCGCAAGUGCGUGAUCCACAUUUACCAAGCAUCGCCGACCUACCAGACAGCUAUCGAGCGAAAGUCGCUCUCUUUGGCUGUGGACCGGCGUCCAUCAGCUGUGCUACAUUCCUGGCUCGUCUUGGUUACACAAACUUGACCAUCUUUGAAAAAUACGACUACAUCGGAGGAUUAAGCUCGUCGGAGAUCCCACAGUUUCGGUUGCCAUACGACGUUGUCUCAUUUGAAAUCGAAUUGAUGAAGGACCUUGGAGUUAAGAUUGAGCUUGGCCAAGGGCUGGGAGAUGACGGAUUGACAUGCAAGGCAAUGAAGGAGCAAGGCUAUGAGGCUGUAUUUCUUGGUAUAGGUUUACCACAACCAAAGCAUUCACCCGCUUUUGACGGCCUCAACACGUCCCACGGCUACUACACAUCCAAGGAUUAUCUCCCUCUUGUUUCUCGUGCCAGUAAACCGGGUAUGUGUGCAUGCAGCUCGGCAUCUCUACCUUCUCUGUCUGGCAACGUCGUCGUGCUUGGGUGUGGCGAUACUGCAUUCGACUGUGCCACAUCGGCUCUACGUUGUGGUGCAAAACGAGUGUACGUUGUGUUCAGGAAAGGAUUCACGAACAUCAGGGCUGUGCCUGAGGAGAUGCAGGUUGCUGUGGAUGAGAAGUGUGAGUUUAUGCCGUUUGUGUGUCCGAAGACGGUGAUUGUGAAGGGAGAUAGGAUAGUUGGUAUUGAGCUGGUUCGCACAGAACAGACUGAUGAUGGAUCUUGGGUUGAAGACGAAGACCAAACUGUAAGACUAAAAUGCAGUUACAUCAUAUCAGCCUUCGGAUCUGAAUUAGGACAGACAACAGUUGCUGAGGCUAUGGCUCCAGUGAAGAUGAAUAGUUGGGGAAUACCGGAUGUUGAUCCGGUGACGAUGCAGACGAGUGAGAAGUGGAUUUUCUGUGGUGGGGAUUUAGAUGGUGUGACACAUACGACUGUGGAGGCUGUCAAUGAUGGGAAGCAAGCAGCUUGGUUCAUGCACAAGUAUCUCCAGUCCCUCGAAGGAUUAUUCGUUCCAAAGGAACCAUGUCUACCCAAGUUCUUCACUCCAAUUGACAGCAUUGAUAUCAGCGUGGAAAUGGCCGGCAUGAAGUUUGAAAAUCCAUUUGGUUUGGCAAGUGCCACGCCCACUACUUCGGCGGCGAUGAUUCGACGAGCAUUUGAAGCAGGAUGGUCAUUUGCAGUGACAAAGACAUACGCUCUAGACAAGGAUAUGGUCACUAAUGUGUCUCCUCGUAUUGUUCGUGGUACGACUAGCGGUCAUGUGUACGGACCAGGGCAGAGUGCAUUUCUCAACAUUGAGCUGAUCAGUGAGAAGACGUGUGCAUACUGGUGCCAGUCUGUCACCGAACUGAAGAAAGACUUUCCAACAAAGAUUGUGAUUGCGAGUAUCAUGUGUGGCUACAGCAAGGAAGAUUGGAUUGAAUUGGCUCAGAUGUCGGAGAAAGCGGGUGCCGAUGCGUUGGAAUUGAACUUGUCGUGUCCUCAUGGAAUGGGAGAGAGAGGAAUGGGUCUUGCUUGUGGACAGGAUGAAGACCUCGUGAGGAACAUCUGCCGUUGGGUUCGAGCAGCAGUCAGCAUUCCAUUCUUUGCUAAAAUGACACCAAAUAUAACAAGCAUUGUUGGCAUUGCAAAGGCAGCCAAAGAAGGCGGUGCCACCGGCGUUACAGCUACAAACACUGUGUCUGGUCUGAUGGGAGUGAACACGAAAGGUGUGGCUUGGCCGAAUAUUGGGAAGGAUCAGAGAACGACGUAUGGUGGUGUUUCUGGUAACGUGAUUCGGCCGAUUGCAUUGCGUGCUGUGUCUGCGAUUGGCAAUGCUCUUCCUGGAUUUCCUGUCAUGGCAGCGGGAGGUGUUGAUGCUGGCGAUGUGGCUUUGCAGUUUAUUCAUUGUGGAGCUCCUGUUGUGCAGGUUUGCAGUGCUAUACACAAUCAGGAUUUCACAAUCGUUGAUGACUACAUCACAAGCCUUAAGACUCUCCUCUAUCUUCAAUCACUCGACGAGCUACAACAUUGGGACGGUCAAUCCUGCCCAACAGUGAGACACCAACAAGGCAAGCCGGUUCCCAAGCUGUCAGACUUGGUUGGCAAACAUCUUCCAUCGUUUGGUCCAUACGUGGAGGAACGGAAGAGGAUCAUACGUCAACAUAAAGAACAAGUUCCUCCUCUAGAACAAUUCAAACCGGAAGUUCACAGACCAGCAAUCACACCAAAGAAGCCUGUUCCGUCUGUGCAGGAUAUGGUCGGUCUCGCCCUUUCUCGCAUCACUGACUACAACAGCUUGGACAACAAACAGCAAGCAGUCGCAAUUAUCGAUGAGGAAAUGUGCAUCAAUUGUGGCAAGUGCUACAUGACAUGCAACGACUCUGGCUACCAAGCCAUCACAUUUGACCCACAGACUCACCUGCCUCACGUGACCGAUGACUGCACGGGCUGCACCCUCUGUGUCAGCGUCUGUCCCAUCAUUGACUGCAUUACAAUGGUACCUCGCACCACUCCUUAUGAGCCACGUCGAGGAGUCCCUCUUGCUGUACAGUCUGUCUCUUAAGUGUGUG